GUUAUUGUGUCCCAAGAUGGAAGGACUAGAUUCUCACGCCAUAAAUCCCACAUAAUCACGCCCUCAUCGACUACCUUCAAACAACCUCUCUCUAUUUCCUAGCAGAUUCUCUGUGUCUAUUUGACGGACGGUGGAGAACUGUAUACAUUUAUCUACAUUUUAUCGCCAGUAUUGGUGCAUCUCGAGACAAAUAGGUAAGCCAUCAGUUUCCAGCAGUUUUUCAAUCAAUUUUACCUCCUAUUUCCCUAUUUUCCUCGGCUGUUCUUGAGGAUAUCUUAAUGAUUUACUUUCGAGAUUUACCUCGGAAUAUAUUCGUUCCCAUCUAUACGUCUUCGUUUCCACGGACGCUCAUCAUGACAUUACAGGCAGUAGUCGAUGGAUUCAGUGGCGGGUUCUUCUGGUCACCAGCAGGUCAUCUUUCAGAACGAGAACAUAACUGCAGCGGCGGCAGAAAACCAAGGGCAGGGAGGAGCGUCGGCGCCUGUGCAGGAAAAGCGUAGGCCUGGGCGCCCGAAGGGUAGCGGGAAGAAAUAUCCAGACGGUGCUCCUCCAAAGAUCAAGCGUCCUGUAGGACGGCCUCGUAAAGACGGCUUCCCAGCAGGCUCAGUGAAUCCACCACGACCGUCUCGCAAGCCUACACAACCUGAUUCUGCUGUCCUGGCGCUCAUUGCCAGCGGGAACCCUUACUUUCCCGGCCAGGAUGUGAAACGACCCAUGUUCCCGACUCUUCAAGACCCAAACUUUGACGGCGAGGACUGGAUGGAGCUUUCUCGCACCAAGCCCGGCGUUUUCAUCAACACUCUCAUCGGUUUUCUCGCUGAGCCGAACCCCGUUUCCCCAGCCGGUACCGUGGAGGAUGCAUUCAAGACUCACCUGGGUUCUCUUGUAUCUCCAAGGAACCAGAGCCAGAGUUUACCUUCCUUGUACUCGGUGCUGAGGACCUUCUGGCUCCCCAUGUCCCCCACAUACUUUUGUUUGACUGGUGCUAAUACUAGUCGUCCCCUGCUGGAGUUCAGAUUUUUGUACUGGGAUCCCCAGCCCCUCGUAUUUAACGGGAUAUCCUGCCCCAGCUGUACGACUCCUCUCAUCAACAAGGGCCGUAUCACUUCUGGUCCGGUCAAGAUCUAUGACUUGGAGCGACCGUUCUUCGUCAUCGGGUGCGAAUACGUUUGCAAUAGCCCAGCUUGUAUGUCGGCUUGUCCUGAAGGCCGCAAAUUUGCUAGCACUGAUCCCGCCAUUUUUCGCUCCCUUCCCAAUACACUAGCGGAGGAGUUUCCAGCUCGGCUGCGGCAGUUUGAAGGUGACUUGGGAAGCGGUCCCGAGGUGUGGAAUUGGCAAGCGAUAGGCGUCUCCAAGGCACUCUGGAAUAUGGUCCAGGGAUCUUUACGAUCCGGUGUCAGGAAAGAAGUCAUUCUGCAGAUCAUCCAUUCUAUCCAGCACGGCGUUGCAGAGCCAACGACUAUAGUGGCAGAGGAAGAGGAAGAGGAGGAACCUCAAGAACAAAAUCAGAUGAUGGAAGACACUGUGCAGCACCCGCCGAUGGCACAGGGGACCCCUGCGGAAUAUGCUGAGGCUUGGAAAGCUCAUGCAGGGCAUUCAGCCUCUGCAGAACCCGAUACGCCUUCAGUAGCGGGUUCAUCAGCAGGCCCAGGACCGGCUUAUAUGUAUCCUCAACCUCAACCUCAACCACAGCCACAGCCCCAAGGAGGACAUUUCUCCUCUACCUUCCGCGUACCGCCAUAUUUCGCACCCAGCGCGAAAGUAGGUCAAUCUUCAUCCUCCGCGGUUGCGAACUCUGUCACUACUACUGGCCCCAGUAAUCCGAAUCCGAUUGAGCCGCCGCCGCCGUUGGGGAAUGAACCGCCCAAUCCCCCAGCUAAGCGAGCGUAUCCUUUCUUGGACGAAGAGUCAGCUUCUGUUGAUGGUCCACGGAAACGGAACCCAAGACACUGUUCAAAAUGCGGUUCGGCGGAUUGUAAAGGCAAGGGUGGAAGGUCUUUCUGUUUAAAUGCGUGCAGGGACUGCGGAAAGGUUGAUUGCUAUGGACGAACGAAUCGGCGGAAUGUGUGCGCAAACAGAGGGUGGGGUACGUGAUUAAAAUUGUGUUUGUUUUGAGAUUAUUUUUCCAGGUGUAAUAUGUAGGGUUGUAUGGGUAUAGCCUAGUUUUAAUUAUUUAAUUGGAAAUCCAAUGGACCCGUGGAAAUUAU